CAAGCAGAUAAACAACCCACUCCCAUGGGCGUCCCGCAUUUGCGCAUUAUCGUCGCAAACCCAGCAUUUUAGAACCACCCGCGCCAUCGAAAUUGAACGUCGCACCGUAUCCGAGCAAGGAGGAACACAUCGCCAACCAGACAACAACCACAACAUCAAUCCACAAUGUCGUCAGCAUUCGAACCCUCCAUGUCCACGAGCCGGCCACCCAUCGGCGGCCCCUCCUUAGCGGACACGCUGCCCAACAUCAACUUCGGCUUUGACGAGCUGCGCGAUCGCAUGGCCAAGUUCACCGCCAAGUUCGACGCCUUCAUCGAGCAAGGGCGCAAGCGCGUGCUAGAAGAGCGCAACCAAUUCCACAUGAACGUGGCCGAGCUGCAGGAGGACCAGCGCAUGAAAAAGAAAGACAUCGAAAUCCUGCAGCUCAAGACCAACACCUACCAACAAACAAUGGGCAAAGAAGCGGCCGAGACGCGGGAGAUGCAGGGGGCGAUCGCGCAGCUGACGAGCCAGCGGGAUCGGCAGGCGGCGGCGCGGGACGGGCUCAAGGAGCAGAUCGCGGCGGCGCAGCGGGACAUCGAGGCGCGGCUGGCCGCGCAGCGCGCCCACCAGGCCCGGCUCGAGGCCCAGGCCCGCUUCAACGUGCCCGAGCUCGACUUCUGGGUCACCAACCUGUGCCUGCGCAUCGAGGGCGCCGGCGUGGAGGACCGGCUGAAGUUUGUGUAUACCCAUGUGGAUGAGAAGAAUUGGGAGCGGGAGGCCUGGUUUGAGCUGUGCACCGGUAGUCGGGACUAUGAUGUGCGGCAUUGUAGGCCCAAGUUGGAGAGGGAGAAGCUGGAGAGGGUGCUGGAACGGGUCAACGAGACGCGGGAGCUGGCUACGCUGUUGAAGGGGAUGAGGGAGUUGUUUGUAGAGGCUAUGCGGUCGUGAGGGGGGUGGUAAAGGGGUUAGAGCUUCAUGAUACUAUGUGAUAUCCUGCGGGUUGGUUUAGGCAGCGAAGUCAGGGGUUGGGGGCAGCAUGUGGGAUUUAUUUCCAUUAUCCUUUAUGCGAUGAUUUGAAUGACCGGAAGGGGGGGUGUAUAUAUGUGUAUACCAGAACAGCAGGACUUGACCACCCUCUGGCCAAAAAGAGUCGGACUCCAAGAGAUACCCUACACAGCAGAAGUUGAACCACGAGGUAAUACCAUUGGUAGGGUCAAGGCCAAAGAACUACGUUAUAGCCAGGUAGUGACAGACAGACAGACAGCGGGAGCAAGUAACCGGCCUCGCUCGAUUUCUACCCAAAUGAUAUACGCUCGAGUAAUC